AUGAUCAGGCCAGGCGACCAGUACAAGUCCAUCGCGAACCCGUUCGAAGACCCGCGCGUCAGCAACUUCACGGCCCAAGAGAUCGCGACGCUCCAAAGCCGAUUGAGCAAGCAGCUUGGACCGGAAUAUGUGUCAACACGACCUGGUGCAGGCGGAGGAAGGGUGGCAUAUUUGGAAGCCCAGAAGGCUAUAAAUUUGGCGAACGACGUGUUUGGCUUCAAUGGAUGGUCCAGCUCCAUAAGAGAAGUGACGAUAGACUUUGUCGACGAAGUCCAAGCGACCGGUAGAGUGAAUAUAGGGCUUUCAAUCAUAGUGCGCGUUACGUUGAAGGAUGGCACAUUCCACGAGGAUAUUGGCUACGGUCACAUCGAGAACUGCAAAGGCAAAGCACCGGCUUUCGAAAAGGCGAAGAAGGAGGCUGCUACAGAUGGCUUAAAGCGCGCCCUACGAACCUUUGGCAAUGUCUUGGGCAACUGUUUAUACGAUAAAGAAUACCUGGUCAAGGUGAAGGGCGUAAAAGCAGCGCCUUCGAAGUGGGAUCCGGACAACCUCCAUAGACACCCGGACUUUGCCCCGAUCAAGAGGGAACCUCCACCACCGCCAUCACCAGAAAAAGCUGGCACCACCGCUCGUGUACCAAGCUUGCAGUCCAAUCUUUCGAGCGUAGACUUUGAAGACGAAUUUGGUGGCAACCUAUUCGAUGGCGUGGAUAUCUCUGAGGGUGGUGGAGACGAGUUCGGUCUGGAUGCUGUCUCCGACUCUAUGUUUGAGACGCCGAAAGCAGAUCCAAGAGAGCCGCCGCAACGACCGCCGCAACAACCGCCGCAACAGAAUGGCGGCCCACCACAGCAAAAUCAAACAGCCCAUAAUCUCGCGCGCCAGGGCAUGAACCGACCAAACUCAAUGCCAGCAUUGAAGCCACAAAAUGGUGUCCAGCAGCCGCCGCAAAACAAUCAAGCCCAACAGCCCAGACCUGUUUUGCAAGCCAAAGGCCCUCAAACACCAAAUGGAAUUCCGCAUGCUCCAGCUGAAAAUGGCCCUCCUGGACCACCUAUCAACCACGAACCUCCUGUUGGUUUUAUCACAGCACGAGCAGCUGAGCACAUCAAUAAACCGGAGACCAGCAACGGCCCUCUUCCCAAAAACCUGCCUGCUUUCAACCCUCACGCGGAAAGCCCCUCUCUCCGUAGAACAAGUGGCUUCGACCAUAUGAAGUCGGGGCCUAUAAGCCGACAGGCUAUCGUUGGAGCCAAUCAGGCUCCCGCCAAUGGUGCUAACGUUGCCCCUGUCCCAAGGCCGAACUUCAUCAACCCACAGGCAGACACGAACAGGCGAAUCGGAAUGCCCGGUGCAGCACAGAGCCCGCUUGCUAAUCGAGGGGCGUACAAGCCUCCGGGACCAGCGGUCGGAGCGAAGAGGAGCGCGGAGCCUAUUGGAAGACCACCUUUGUCAGAUGUGAGCAACAAGCAGGCAGAAGGCGGACCAGGGGACGGGGGAGACUUCAAGAGACCGAGAGUCGAAGGCACGGAGAACCAAGCGGUCAGAAAUUGAUGGUAGACGUUGCAGGAGCAUUCUUUCGGCCUCGUUUAGCGGAUUUGUCUGGGGCACUGGUGUUAGAGGCGGGCAGGGUGGAGUUUCGGACAUGACAUUUGAAGUUUUGCAUCAUUAGCACGAGGGAUACCAACAGAGCAGCCAAAAAAAAUGGCAUUUGAUUCAUUCUCCAGUCUCCGCCGUGACCAUCCUUGACUAUCUAGAGUUCUCUUUCGUUCAUCAGAGGUUGUUUAAAUGUUUCGCAUCAUGGCUCCCCGACACCAC